AUGGCUGACAUGGAUGAAAUUGUUUCAGUUUUUCGCAAUACCUCAAAGACUGAUACCGUCAACAAAUUGGUUCAGGAUUAUUCUGUUGAUGGACUUUCAAGCUUAAAAGUUGAACUUUCGCAAAAAUGCAGUGGAAUUAAGGACUUUCCUGUUGGGGAACUUUUCUCGCGAAGGAGGCCAAAAGGUGCAAGUGCAUAUUCAAGUUUAGAGGAGAGACUCACUACUGACAUAUUCGAGUUAAUGAAUUGCCUAGAUACCGAGAUCAUUAGUCCAGAGAUUCGCAGUAUGUUUAGGACAGCAACCAUUUCACAAACAGAAGAUAUACAGCCUGUUAGUUCAAACCACACUUCUGACGGAAGGCUGUCAUUUUCAGCCUCUCCGUUAGUUCGUGAGAGUGGUUGGUCUGGCAUGAAAAUGCAAGUAACAUCAAUGCACGGUGAUUUCUUGCUGUUUCGGGAGAAGGUUUUAUCAGACAUGUCAAAUCUUGAAUCAAAAGUUAAAAGUCUGAGUUUGACUAUUGAAUCUCAAGAUCGAGAAAUUGCCUUGUUAAAAGAAGAAAACAAAAAACUGGAUAAACUAUGCCGGAAGCAAGAUCUGAUACAAGAUACUGAGUGCCUCCAGAACUCAGAAUGUCUGCCCAAAAUGACAAACAGAGAGGAACCUUCAAGUUCUGUUACGUCGGUUAAUGGUGCCUCUACAAAUAAAGUGUGGAGUCCUAACCCUUUGGAGAAUGGUAGUUCUUCAAUUUCCGCUGAGUUUCAAGAUGCAGUGGACAACACGCAUGAAGAGAUGGCUGUUAAUAAUGCCAGAAUAACUACCAACAAUGAUGUGAUAUCAAGUCCCCUAAUUACAACUAUUGUGGACGGAGAAACGAAUAUCGGUUCUGUUGUUGACCUCGAAGUACCCUAUGUUGUACCAGUAGUUCCUGCCAAACCCCUGCAACAAGAUCAACAGCUUAAACCGCGCGCGUCAUACGCUACCGCUGUCCAGUCGAAUCAACAGCGGUGUCAAGAAAAGACAAAGCAGCAGCAGAUGGAGCAGACCACUGGGUCGAAUGGAGAUACCACCAAACCGUCAGGUAAUACUGUUGAAUUUGUUGGUGUCGAGCGUAACCGUAUGAAAACCAAAGCUUUCUUCCUCAGUGGAAUUAAUGAUAAGGUUACCCCGAAACAGAUUCAGGACUAUCUCUGUCAUCGAAAUAUAAUUCCAACCUUGUUAAACGUAUUCCCUAGUAAAAGGAAAGGAACCAUUUCUGCAAAGCUUAACAUCAAAAUCAAAGAUUUGGCAGGGUUAUCCGAGCCGAAUUUCUGGCCACAAUUUGUCAGAUGCCGACCAUGGGUAUCGAGAGAAAAGUUUUCGAAACCUGAAGGGCACAGAAUACAAGCGACACAAGCUGGGAAACAAUCCACGUAUGUUUAAUGGCUAACUCUGCAUCUAAUAGUUUGCUAGCAUCAAGUAUUAAACUUAUGUCCUGGAAUAUUUCAGGUGUUAAGCAUAAUACCUGCUUUCUUAAUGAAUGUCUUUCAAAUUGUGACAUUUUAUGUUUGCAAGAGCAUUGGCUGUACCCAGACACGCUUUCAUUUCUGGACACAAUACACCUUGAUUUCUAUUCUUGGGGUAGGUGUGCUAAGGAUCUUGAUAACGAUGCGACUUCUCGGCGUGGUUUCGGUGGUAUUGCCUUCUAUUGGAGGAAACACCUUAACGUGUCAAUUGAUGUGCUCUCAGAUCUUGGCAACAACCGAAUUGCUGUUCUAAAAGUUAAACUAAUGAACAGAAAUUAUAUAUACAUCCUUAAUGUCUACUUGCCGACAGCAACAGAAAAUGCUGCCACGUAUAAUAACUCCUUGGUAAUGCUUGAAAACGUUAUUUACGAACUUUAUGGAACUGGUACAGUUUUUAUUGCUGGUGACUUCAAUGCCCAUAUUGGAUCCUUUGGGGGAACAAGAAGCACUGAUAAAGUAAACUGUAGAGGUCGCAGACUCAGCAAAACAAUGGGAGAAUUUGACCUCAUUUCCGUGAAUUCUCAGGUCGGAUGUACAGGGCCAAUUGAAACCUUCUAUAGUAAUGGCGGAUUGGUGCGAACCACCACUGACCAUAUUCUUGUUCCAAGAAAUUAUGCUUCUUUUAUCUUGCAUAGUGCUGUCAUUCCUGACUGCUGUAAGAAUAUGUCUUACCAUCUUCCGAUUUCUUGUUCGAUUAAUGUAGACUUGGUCACUAAAGUUCCAAAUUUAUCAAUGAAGCAACUUUGCUGGAAAAACGUGAAAUACGGCAAUGUUUUGCAGAAGUACCAAAAUGCGCUUGGCACUGCCUUACAGAAUGAUCCUGUAUUUUCGUCAGAGGCGAUUACUCCAAAUGCUAUCGAACAGUUAGUUGAUCAAACCGUUAGUCACUUGAAAAUUACUGCAGAUAAGACUAUUCCAACUAGAGUAUUUAAGCCUGUGAGAAAACGCUACUGGAAUCCGACACUUACGUCUCUAAAUCGAGAAGUUAAAACAUGUUGGAGAAAAUGGCUUUAUGAAGGCAAACCUAGAGAUAAUAACAAUCAGUUUUUUAAAGACUACAAAAAAGCUAAAUAUAAUUUCCGCAAGGCUCAACGCCAAGCCAUUCAUGAGAAUGAGGUAAACGGCUUUGUGAAAUUGGAGAGACAACAUGACAUUGAAAGAAGCAAAUUCUACAACAGGAUUUCUAAAUUGAAGAAACCAAAACGGGUAAAUAACGGAGAAGUCUUAGAAAUUGAUGGUAAUCGUGUAAGCAACGAUUCUGAGGUGCUUGAUGUGUGGCGGCAGCACUACUGUAAUUUAUAUACUCCAAAAGACAAUCCAAACUUUGACAAUGACUUUAAGAAAUUUGUUGAAAACAAACUUGUGCAAUUUCAUACGGAUAGUUACGGAAAUGAUGACCCUCUAGAUAAUCCGUUUCAAUUUGAUGAGGUUGCUGACGUAUGUAGCAAGCUCCCAAAUGGGAAGGCAAGUGGUCCCGACCAACUCUCGUAUGAACAUGUCAAAUUUGGAGGAAAUUUACUUUUUGAAGUUUUAACAAAGAUUUUUAAUGCUGUUAGAGAAUUGGAGUAUGUUACGGGUGCAUGGAGUAUUGGCAACAUUUUUUCCCUAUUUAAAGGUGGAAAAAAGAACAGAUUCAAUAAAGAAAACUAUAGAGGUAUAACUUUGUUAAAUAUAGUAGGCAAAAUAUUUGAACGGUUAAUACUAAAUCGAUGGAUUCCUAAAUUUGAAACUAUGGGUAUUCCAAAUAAUUACCAAUUUGCUUAUCAAGCGGACAAAAGUUGCACCUUGGCAAGUUUUGUGUUGCAAGAAACGAUCAAUCAUAACGUCGAGAGAGGAAGUAAAGUUUACUGCUGUUUCUUGGAUUCAAGUAAGGCAUUCGAUUCCGUAUGGUUGGACGGUUUGUUCUAUAAACUCUUCCUACUGGGUAUGAAUGGUAAAUCCUGGAGAAUCUUAAGGAACUGGUAUAGUAAAAUGCACUGUUAUGUUUCCUUAAAUGGGCAAAUGUCGUCUGUGUUCCCAGUAUUGCAAGGUGUAAGGCAAGGUGGCGUUCUUUCUCCGUGGCUGUUUCUAUGUUAUAAUAAUGAUAUUCCAGAUGUACUCCAAUCAGCAGACUAUGGACUAAGUGUGCAAGAUAUCAAUUGCAGUUCAGUCUUAGUUGCAGACGACGUUACUUUAAUAUCUCUUAGAAUUAAAGGUCUUCAAAGCCUACUUGAUAAAAUGGAAAUGUACAGUUAUCAAUGGAGAUUCGAGUUUAAUCCCAGCAAAACGACAAUUGUAACCUUCGGAGAGACUACACAAAUGCAUUUGCUCAAAAAGCUGUUAAGAAGUUGGUAUAUUAAUGGUGUUAAAAUACCUGAAAAACCUUCAUGGGAACAUGUUGGUAUAAUGCUGAGCGGCAAUUUUUCAAAUUACGAGAGAUCAAAAAUUGCUGCAAAUAAAGGAAAACAGGCUGCUGGUAUGCUAAUGAACGCUGGAGUACGACCAGGUGGUAUAAAUCCGAUUUGCG